UGCGCUAUCGAAGCCGUUGCGCCGUGUGAUUAGUACACAGAGCGGUAUGAGUUUGCGAGGUAGGACGGAAAAAGGUCGCGGAAGAAUUUUACGAUCAUGGUCGGCCUACUCUUCCACGUGUUCUACUUGGUGGGCAGAUGCAUUUACAACAGGUAUUUCAAGAAGACCGUCUACCAGCCCGGUAUCGCGAUCGACGAGCCGUUUGAGGAACGCGACGAUACGUUCGAUAUCCCGGAAUUGGGAACUACGUCCUGGGCACACUGUAUGGUAAACAACUUUUGUCCACCGGCGUACACGCAGAGAUACUGCGCGGUGACGAAUGUGCUCAGAGAAUACGAGGGGAAGCUCGACAAGGUUGUCGACUUUGGAUGUGCGGAGCUAGGCUUCCUGUUUUAUUUGAAAGGAAUACCAGAAGUGAAACGGAUACUCUGUGUAGAUGUGGACCGCGACAUUUUGGAAAGGCACAAAAGAAAAGCGGAACCGUUGAUCACAGAGAUGCUGCAUUCUCGACAAAGAAUGCUUACAAUAGAGAUUUGUGAAGGCAGUGUAACGGACAAUGAUGUCAAGUUGUUGAAUGCAAAUGCUGUAAUUUGUAUUGAAUUGAUUGAACAUUUGUAUCCAGACACACUAAUAGAUCUUCCCUUUAAUAUUUUUGGUUACAUUAAACCAGAGGUAGCAAUAAUAACAACACCAAAUGUGGAAUUCAAUGUGCUAUUUCCGAAUUUCUCAGGCUACAGACAUCCAGAUCAUAAGUUUGAAUGGACGAGGAAACAGUUUCAAGACUGGGCAAAUAAUAUUGUGUUAAGAUACCCAUAUUAUAGCGUGACAUUUCACGGUAUUUGUAAUGGACCUGAAGGCACUGAAAGUUUAGGUGCAUUAACGCAAAUGGCGGUGUUUCACCGAACUUUACCAAGAGAUCAGUCAAGCAUAGAAGUUCUAACAGCGGAUGAUUAUAAUAAAUUAAUAGGACAGAAAGGGUUAUUUAACACAAUUGCUGAAUAUGAUUAUUAUAAGGGAGGUGACAGUCGUUCGGAUGAACAAAAAGUACUGGAUGAAGCAUUGUAUUAUAUUAAUUAUUUGUCCAUUAAUACCACACAAGAUGAAGAAGGAUCAACCUGGAACCACGAAAUAUAUUUAAAAAAUAUACUACACUUCAUGACUAAGUGUUCUAUUACCGAAGGAACGCUCAGGAUGAUUCUAACCAGGGCAGGACGGGACAUUGAAGAUCGAGAAGAUGGGCCAGUAGUACUUAAUCCUUCGGAGGUAUCUUCUGAUGAUGAAACGUUCGACUAUAUGGACAACUACACUGAGGAUGACGAAGAAAAUUAUGAAAUUGAAAAUUCGAAUAUGGAUUGGAACGCGGAAAACAUAUGGGAUUAUACAACUGGAUCAUCUGUAAAUGAGAUACCUGCAAGUGCAAAUGAAUAUUUAUCUCGGCAAGGUUUACAUGUUGACAGUAUCCGUGAAGAACCUGAUGUUAUAAAUGAGGAAAGAUGGGGCUAUAUAACUCCAUCCACAAACGAGAUACGUGCAGAUGCAAAUGAAGAAUAUUCAUCUCCGCAAGAUUCACAUGUUGACAGUUUCCGUGAAGGUCCCGAUUUUAUAGACGAGGAAAGAUGGGACUAUAUAACUCCAUCCACAAACGAGAUGCCUGCAGGUGCAAAUGAAGAAUAUUUAUCUCGGCAAAGUCCAGAUGUUGACCGUUUUCGUGAAGAACACAAUUUUACAGACGAAGAUAAAUUGAACUAUUCAGCUCCACCCAUAAAUGAGAUACCAGAUGCAAGCGAAGGAUAUUUAUCUGCAGAAAAUCCUUACUUUGAAAGUUGGCAUGAGGAACCCAGCAUUAUAAUACCUGAAAAUUAUUCUAUUUGUCAUGAAAACACUUAUUUAUUUAAUGGCGAAAUAUCUUUGGUAGAAGAAUCUCAGCAGUCAAACGAACCGUGUGCAACUGACAACAAUAUUAGACAUUCCGGCGUUGGAGAUAAUGCAGGGUCUUCAGUGUAUACUGAACGAGAACUUCCAAGUGAUUCAAUUCCUUUAAUGUUAAAUGAGCUAGAAGAAUUAGAAGGAGCUCCUCUAACUGCUUCUAACAUGUUAGCAGCGCUCAACAGUUUGCAAUUGGAAAACUCAAUUGACAGUAUUACAAUAGAAUCAGCUGUAUUACAAAAUGACGAGAUAGAUCCAAGAGCUAUACAAAACGUUUCGCGUUCAUCGACGUCGCCAGUGUCGCCUUAUUGCAGUUCUGAAAUGGAUAAUUCUUUACAAGAUCUUAGCGCAUAUUUUCACAACGAAUUGUCAAUCAACAAUCAAUGUUUAUUAAACAGUACUUUUUGUCAGUCUGAAAAAGCAACUAUGAAUACAGAGGAAUCUACUGUGGAAGACAAGGUAGAAGAUACACCUUGUUUUGAGGAAAGUCACUCAAAGAAUACACAAGGAAGCGAAUUAAACUUUUCGUCACACACAUCUUUAAAUUAUAAUUAUAAUGCUGAACAAGCGAGAGACAUUUUAGAUAAAAAUCAAAUAUUUGAAGACAGUGAUACGGCAGAUCUGACUUUAAAUGCUUCUAGUAGUAAUUUCAAUAAUAAACCAAAAUAUUCAAGUUCACCACGUACGAAGAUACCCACUGCUAAUAUUGUUAGUGCAAGUUCCAAGCACAAAAAACUAAUGCUUGCAAUGAAUAGCGUUUUAUCGGGCACAAUAGAAAAAGUUGAGGAAAUUGUAUCAGAUACUAGUAGUAAUUCAUUAGAAUCUAGUGAGAAAUGUAAUAGUAGUAUCGCAGAAACAAUUAAACCACACAUGACUUCUUCAAACAGUGAUAUUACGUUGAAUACUUCAAAAUACUACGUAGGCUUUUCUGCUAGCGAGAGCACACGAGACUUGUGCUUAGAAAAUAAGCAAUGUAGUAAUGUUGAUAUCUCUACAAAAUUAAUACAAGAUACGAAUUACAAAUUCGCGGAAAAUGACAUAAUCAAUCAUGAUGGUGCGGUGCAAGGAAUAGAUACAUACCAAGUCUUAUCACUAGACAAUGAGAGUGUUAAUCAUAAAGAUGAAAGUUUAUAUUGUACAUUAGCAAAAACAGGUCAUGUUGAAGCAGCACAUUUAGAAGAUGUGACUAGCGACGUUGCACAGUCAAGUAUAAGGAAAAAGGGACUUAAUCCGCCUAGAGAGUUAUUAAGUUCCAAGUCACAAAGUGUUGGCAAAUACUCUUCGUCUGAUUGUGCCAAAGAAAUUAGUGUUUUAAGAAACGAUAGGUUUGUAUCUUGUAAAAAUAGCGAGGAUACAAGUAAUAGUCAUUUCACAUCAGUAUUGAAAAGUGAAGAGAAUGUUGGUACGAGCAAAGAUUCAUCCAAUACUGUUGGAUUAAUAAACAAUGUUGAAGCUAAACCAUCUUCUCCGCUUGAGACACCUCCGAACAGUUGGUCUCCCGAAAUCAUGGAUUCUGGUUACCCGAAUUCAGCCUCCGCGCAAGAUAUAACACCAGAAUAUGAUUUAUCUAGCAUUGCUCAGGAUCAUAUGUCAGAAUCUGAAUCGCCGAGCAUUGCGGAAGCGCCGAGACUUGGUGUCUUGGAACCGAUUGAGGUGGAAAACGGCGAUUUGGCGAAUAACAAUAGAGAUGACGAAGGUAACAAUAUGAUGGCUGUGGAUGCUAAUGACAUCGAAAACUUACAACCGCUCAUUGAUGUAUUGGAAAAUGAUCUCGAGAACGAAAAUGAUAUUUACGUGAUGCAAAAUGGUUUUCCCAUAUGGUUGCUGAGAAUAUUGGAUAUGGCGAAUCCACUUGAUUUUGACAUGCAAGCUCGACAAAAUCUGAGAAUUCCCGAAGAAGUUGCAGAUGAUGCUAAUUAUGCGGGUCAUGAUGAAGGUUUUGAUAGUAGCUCCUCAGAGAGUGAGAGUGAUAUUGCUUACAAUGAAAUGGAAGAUGAUAAUGAACAUGGUAAAUGAAAAGAUGUUCGUUAAUGAGAAAGGGAGAAAGAAAAAGAAGGAGGUAAUGUGUGAGCGUGUUACAACAGCAUUACAGUAUGAACUUACAUAUCAUUCUUCCUGCUUCUAACAAAGUUUGCAGUAUAGGCUUGAAAAGGUUAAAUAUCUUAGGAAAUAUUAUUUGUAUUCUUUUAUAUAUAAAGUAUAAAUUAUAUCCUAAAAAAUGCUUGCAUAAGUCUUAUUUGUUUAAAUCAUAUUGAUAAAUAACUACCUCUUUCUAUAUAUUUUUAAUAUGAUUGAAAUGAAAUAUUAUUAAAUACUUCAAGCCUAGACGGUAUUUUAAGUAAUAAUAAGGCAAAUGUAUAAAUCAAUAAAAGUUUAUGUUAUUUUCCAUCUCUCAUUUGAAUAAUUGCAUAAAAUAAAUCAAUGAAAGUUUAUGUUAUUUUCCAUCUCUCAUUUGAAUAAUUGCAAGAAUUUUUCAUAUUCUAGUUCUGUACCAUUAAAGUGUAUUCAAAUUAAUUAUUGAAUUGAAUUUAAUUUAAUUUUUCCGUGUAUUGUGAAUAUGAAAUAUUCUUAUUCAUAUUAUCAUAAUGUUCAUAUUAACAUUUUAUACAUAUAUACCUAUAUAAGUUCGUAUGUAUAUCUGUACAUACAAUACAUUCAUAUAUAGGUAUAUGUAUAGAUUUUCUUACAGUUUCAUGAUUUAUGAAAAAUGAUCAUGUAUGUUAAUUUUUACGGAAUGUAAUGUAUCAUAUCUAUGUGAUAUCCGGUAGAUCCAUAGCAAAUGUGAUAACUAAUAUUAAAUUAAUUUUUGUAAUUCUUUGAUAAUUUCGUUAAAACUUCCUAUCUAAGACUGAAACUGCAUAGUUAAGUUCGCAGUGGUGCAAAAACUUUGGACAAAUAAAAUCGAUAUAAAAUUUAAACAUGUAAUAUUAUUAAUAUAUUUUAUCCUAAUACAGGUAAACAUGUACACAUUAUAUGACAUAAAAGUUAUGAACUUCUUAAUAUUAAAUAUUUUACAUGGAAA